AAAAAAACAAUAAUUUUCUUGAUUAGCACUGACAUGAAAAGCCAUUAUUUGUUUACUUUAGGAAAUUACCAAAAUGAAAUCUCUUUAAAUUUUGCAAGUCAUUAUUCAUUUCUUUUCACAACUAAAUACCUAACCGUCAACACUAGCUUCUUAUUUAAAUCAUCGAUAUCUUAUUAUCUCGGCGCUUUUUUCUGCAGUUUUUUAAAUUUUUUGCGGAACUGGUAGGAAACAACCAACAACCAGGUGAUGGCAGCGGUAGAAGUGGAGAUAGGAAAGUAAAAAAGAAAGAAAAAAUGCGAAUGUUAAAUGGAAAAAAAGAAAUUGUUUCAUAAAAUGAUGAUUCUAUGCAAUGAAACGGCUUAGUUUAAGCAUAACUCUCAACCUGUGCAGACUGAUGAGUAGGAAUAGUAAAGACUUGUGAAAAGAAAAACUUAAGAGUCGUAAAAUUACAAGCAUAUAUGAAAAUCGUCAAGUAAAAGUGAAUUUAAUUAGAAAGUGAAGAUUCAAUAAAAAAAAAAUUAUACAGGAGACAAAAUAUGCAUCACAGGAAGUUGUUUUUGGUGAUAUUUAUAUCACUUAUCCAUAGCUUUUAUGCAGUACGUGUGGACACAAAUGUCGUAUCAUCUACAGAAAAGAGUGAAAGUGUUGAUGAUCAGCUACCUAAAGCGGAAGCCCUAACAUUAGUAAUUCACAAGCAUGUGCCUUUAAGACCAUUUAAAGUAAUUGAGCGGAAAGAUGAUGUUGUGGUGAUUCAUACGAACGGUAACAGAAAUAAGAGAAAACCAAGCACACGGCGUCGUCGACCAUCGAACCAAUACCGAUCUAAAAUCAGAUCAUCAUCAAAUCCAAGCCACUUUGGUGGUUUUAAAGAUUUCUCUUCAAACGAUUCAAGAUUCCCACCAUUUCCUUCAAAAAAUUUUAGAGCAAGCUCACCUAAAGUUAAAAAUGGACCACCACCAAAAAGUAAUCCUUCAUAUGAUUAUAAUCCAAAAUCAAGACGACCACCAAAGAGACCUCCAACUAAGCAACUUGAAUCAGUUUCACCUUCUUAUGGUCCACCCACAAUUAAUCAUAUUGAUUCUCAUUUUGUUCAGCCAGUGACUUUACAGCAACAACAGCACAAUUUUCCGACAUUUACAAUUAAUGCUCUUGAGCCAGCAUCAUCAAACUUUUACAGCACAAAUGAUGUAACAAAAUAUUCACCUGCAAUUGGAAAUUUUCCCUUAAGUGAUGGAUCUAGUUUUGAUGUUCAAAAAACAUCCUAUGGAGAGCCAAUUAAGAGUGCAAGUACACCUGAUACAAGCAGCUAUCAAUUUAAUUCAAAUGUAGCAAGCAUAUUGAAUCAAAUCAAUAAGAAUAAUCAAGUAGCACACAACUUCCCAAAAUUACCAUCCAAAUAUGAAGAAAGUGAAUUUUCGACGCCUAUACGUCAUAAUCCACUCAACAGUAAUAGCUUCACGAGUGAUUUUAGUAAUAUUGAUUUAGGUGAUUCCAAAAAUGUCUUAUCGACGUCUAACACACAAAAGAAUCGAUUUAAUAAAUUCAAUAAUUAUGAUUAUGACUUUAGAAAUCAUAAAAAUCCAUUAAUAGGAUUAGAGGAUGACGGAGACGAUGAAUAUGAUAAUUUGGAAUAUACAUACAGCACAACUACUAGACGUCCAAGAACCACAAAAUCGACAACGACAACUACGGAAUUUUCCACAACAAGAAGAUAUAAUAAGAAGGGAGCAUUCGGAAAAAGAAACCGAGGAAAACUUUCACAAGAGCAUAAUUUAGACACUGAUGACUUACGUGAUGCAUUUACAGAAUCAACAAAUAACGAUUUUCAUGAAAUUGCUCUCAAUUCCGAUGACUUUUUGAACUUUGACUCACAAAGAAAUCACAGAAAAUCUUCAUCUCCAUCACAAUUACAUGAAAUACAUUCAACAUUAAAAGCUGCACGAAGGAAUCCGGCUUUAAGACAAGCAUUGGGCGAUGACUUCCAAAUAGUUUCAAUUCAAAAGUCUCUCGAAAAAGAUCCAAGAACUGAAGAUUUAUUUCAAAGACGGCAUGAUACUCAAAGGUAUAGAGAGUUUCAUGUUGGUGGAGAGAUAAAUUUUAGUCAGUCAUCUCCUGUCAUGUGGAACGGUGAGAUGAACAACUUUCCAAGAAAUCACAAAUUUUCUUCAUAAGCAUUUUAAGUUAAAAAGGUUAUUUUAAUAAAAUUUAAGUAUUGUUCCUGUACAUAAAAUAAAUUUACGAAGCCGCAUGUGAUUUCGUUCUACGCAUUGGAAGUAAAACAUGUGCAUCCGUAGUAGCGCGCCAUGAUUUAAGUGGUCGUAACAAUUAGGGGCCGUUUACUUAUUACAUUUAGUGGGGAGGGGGGA